CCAGCCCCGAAUAGCCAGUUAUUCACCUUUCAACACUGUACGAUAUACAGACUACCAAGCGACAACCCCUUGCCCAGCUAUGGCUACCCGUGAUGCUCCCGGUUCCUCCCGGGACGCAGUUAUAAACAUAAGCAGCGAUUCAGAAUCCGAUUCGCCCUAUGCCCGAAGCCGUCAUCCUUCUGUUAGCGCACAGCGGCCAAUAUGCCAAUGGCGGAACUCGACCUUCCACGAUCAGGAAUGCUCCCACUACUUUGACUGCCCUACCCACGUGGUGGAGCGAGUGAUAUCGGACGGCGAAUCCCAAGGUGAUGAGGAAGGUAGGGCACGCCCAGAUCAACCAGACGAGUCCGACGGGGAACAACCACAACUUAGGGAUGUGUCUCCUUUGAGCCAGAGCGAGGAUGAGGGAGGUGUAGUUAUGUCCAGCCCGAAUGCUUCUCGGGGCGUUUCGCCUUUGCCUUCAAGCCCGGCAAGAGGCGGGUAUGAGAUAACCACGGCGGCGGGAACAAACCAUCCUCCCGUACCGGGGGAACAACAGGGGGACGGCACAUCUCCAGUCAACACCGAGAACUUACCUACAACACCGCUCACGGGGUCGGCCGAAAACCUAAUUGCCCUCAAUGAUUCCCCAGUGCAAACAAGAGGCCAGCCACAGCUUGGAUAUUUUGCACAGCAUGCUACAAGUACCGGUGAGUAUGGAUCAGGGACGGUAACCACGCCGAGCCCUGGACCCUCGCGUGGUGGUGUACCUUCGAGACUGCGCGAAGUAUUCGAAAGCCCACCAACUCCCACCACAGAUCUUUCACCGAGGUUGGUGCGAGGCCUGUCUCAACAACCUCCUCCGGCACAGCGCAGGGUAUUGGAGGAGAUAGUGCUGCCACGGUGGCAGCCAGACGCCGAGGUGACUUAUUGCCCCAUUUGCCACACCCAGUUUAGCAUAUUCGUUAGAAAGCAUCAUUGCAGAAAAUGCGGGCGUGUGGUGUGCAAUUCGUGCUCGCCCCAUAGAAUCACAAUUCCGUACCAGUAUAUCGUACAGCCGGCCGGCACGCCCCGUUUAGCUCCGAGAUACGCGGGCUCGUUUUUGGGUGGAGACCCGCGAUCCCCGAACUUCAGUGUCCUCGGCGGCGGCGAACGGGUCAGGUUAUGCAACCCCUGUGUUCCAGAUCCCAACACGGCUCCGCCGCAAACGCAAGCCCAGGGGUCAAACCAUUCGCGGUCUCACGGCAAUGUCGCCCGUGGAUCUGAGGGCGGUGGUGGUGAAGCCACCUCGCCCGACUACAGUAACAGAUGGAGCUCGUAUUUCGGGCCGUCGCCCUCAUCCGAUGGACAGUUCAGAAAUAGAAGUGUAACUCUGGUUCCCGUAUCAUGUCUGGUACCCCGCCGGUAUACUACCAGUCCGGCUCCUCUUCCCAUUCUCACCCGUAUCGUGGGCUCACAUCUCAACAACGGUACCGGUCUCUACUUGAUAUUGGUGAGCGGCCUGGACCUUCAGCUGGACCGUCUUCAUCGUCCAGUCCCGAUAUCAACCGCCGUUUACCUCCAACUCCACGAUCACACAGCCGCCACCAUCAACAUCAUCAUCAUCAUCACCAACAACAACACAUCAUUCCCGAGGAAGAUGAGUGUCCGGUCUGCCAUAGGGAGCUUCCAUCACGCAAUCUUCCCAACUUUGAAACUCUGCGCGAAUCCCACAUAAACCAAUGUAUAGCCACGCACAGCGCGUAUAACGGCAGUGCCCGCCCAGCAGUGACUGACGAGAACGGAGAGGGAAGCAGCGGAGUCAAUACUUCUUCACUACCACCAGCGCCGCCACGGCGGACCGGCAUGUUUCCAUACACGGCGACGGAGAAAGACUGCGUGGACUCGGCGGAAUGCACGAUUUGUCUGGAGGAGUUUGAGCCUGGGGUGG